AUGGACGUCACCAACAUGAUUUUUAACAAGGCCACCUGUUUGUUCCCGACUCCACCAAAACCCACCUCUGCUGUCUCGACUUACCCGCCGCUUGUACGCCGACAUCCCGCUUCUCUCAUUGCUAAAUCUCUCCACCAUCCUGGACUUUUAGCAUUGGUUCGUCAAAGGGUCAGCCGGGAAAUGAUCUCUCACAUCGCACAGGUAGCAGUCAGCGUUAUUCAAUGCCAGUCGGAGUCACCCGAAUCAUUGCUCUCGCCCCCAGCGACCCCUAUCCGGCUGGAGCACGUCGGUCGCGAUCAGUCUGCUUCUGCAACUCCGCACUCGUACGCCCGAGACCCGCGCAAGGAAUCUGAAAGCUCUUUACCCUCACUUGAAGCUUUCAUUCAAAUCGUCGUCGAGAAAUCCAAUGUGCAAGUUCCUACCCUACUUUGUACGAUCAUUUACUUGGAACGACUCCGCUCAAAGCUACCCAAGAUCGCCAAGGGCCUCAACUGCACACGCCAUCGUGUCUUCUUGGCCGCGUUAAUUGUGGCAGCAAAGUACCUCAACGACUCGUGUCCUAAGAACAAGCAUUGGUGUUCUCAUGCUUCAAUCUUCGCUGAUGUUGAAGUCAAUUUGAUGGAGAGACAAUUGCUGUUUUUACUGGACUUUGACUUGAGAAUGGAUGAAGAAACCUUACUGAAGGCUUUCGCGCCUUUCUUACCCGAUGCGUCUCCGCGCCCAAUCCCUGCGCAUCUCAGUCAGAAAGUCCUACCCCCCACCCCAUACCGCGCCCCAUCCAACCAGAGCUUUGCAAAUACACCGCCAUCUAUCUCGCAUACCACUCCUAGGAACAAUCUCACGAAGUACCGUGAUUCCCACCAUGGUGCUCCUCUGACACCAUCGCCUUCGCCAAUCAGAAGGCUCAUGGCUUAUGGGAAUGGACUCGCCGACAAAACAAUUCAAAGGAUUGGUGGGAUUCAGAGAGGUGCCAAGGUUUCCCCGGCCUCAUCGACGACUUCGUCUAAUCCCUCAACGGUUGAUAGCACCUCUCCCGAAGAAGAACUUCUUUUCCAACUUUCUCUCUCCGGCCACAAACCGUUCCGUGCCUCGCAAGCUCCAACUGCCCACAAGAUACAACUGGAGAGGUCGCCUUUCUCUAGCCACCAUCCGGCAACUCGUCGCAACGUCAUCAUCCCUCGUACUCAUUAG